CCGCCGCCGACAUGUUUGGUGUCAGUCGCCGCUGCCGUUAAUAUUUGUCGGCGCAAGGCUCUGCUGCUCAGUCAACACGUGCAGGAGUAUUUUUGACAAAAAAUUUUAAUUUUUGUGGAAAAUUGGUGUGAACAUUAUUUAAAAAUUAUUGCUUUAUAUAAAAAAUAAUUCAAAAUGUCUAUUCGCGAAAAGCUAUUAAUGAAAAAAAUAAAGAAACGCGAGAAAAUGAAGAAAGAAUUGGCUGAGAAAAAAGGCAAGCAACAAAAACAGCAGCCACCAACAAAACAACGUGUUAAAAAUGCAGCUCCCAUGGAAGAGGAUGAACUGGACGAUGAUUUUCAAGAAAUGCCCCAACAAAUUGUUAAAAAUGGAAAGCCUCAAAAGAAAAAGAAGCAACAACAAAUGCAAGUAGUAAAUUCGGAUUCAGAAAGUGAUGAUGAAGAAGAAGAAAUGGAUGAUAGUGAUGAGGAAGACCAAGAAGAACAAAGUGGUGAUGAAGAAGAAGAUGAAGAGGAAGAUGGCAGUGAAUUGUCCGAUAGUGAGGAUGAGGAACCAGAACAUAAUGUCAAGCAGAGUAAUAAGGAAAAACAAAAGAAAACUAACAAUGCUAAAGAAGAACAGGCUUUCGAAGAACUUGAUCCUAAAGCUGCUGCCAAAGCCUUGGAACAACGUGAUAAUUCCGAUCGCUCUUUUGCCUCCCUUAAGGGUAUUGUUUCUGAUGCUACCCUCAAGGCUAUAGAAGAAAUGGGUUUCACUGAAAUGACUGAAAUUCAAGCCAAAUCAUUGCCUCCUUUGUUACAAGGUCGUGAUUUGGUGGGUGCUGCUCAAACUGGUUCAGGCAAAACUCUAUCCUUUUUGAUUCCAGCCGUUGAAUUGAUUUACAAACUAAGAUUUAUGCCCCGUAAUGGUACCGGUGUCAUAAUUAUCUCCCCCACUAGAGAAUUGUCUAUGCAAACCUUUGGUGUUCUUAAAGAAUUAAUGAAUCAUCACAAUCAUACUUAUGGUUUGGUAAUGGGUGGUUCUAAUCGUCAAGUUGAAAGUGAAAAAUUAAGUAGAGGUGUAAAUAUUUUGGUGGCUACACCAGGACGUUUAUUAGAUCAUUUACAAAAUUCACCCGACUUUUUGUACAAGAAUUUGCAAUGUUUGGUCAUCGAUGAAGUCGAUCGUAUAUUGGAAAUUGGUUUUGAGGAAGAGCUUAAACAAAUUGUCAAUUUGUUGCCCAAACGCCGUCAAACUAUGUUGUUUUCGGCCACACAAACUGAAAAAAUUGAUGCCUUGUCCAAGUUGGCUUUAAAAAAAGAACCCAUUUAUGUGGGUGUUGAUGACAACAAGGAUACUGCCACUGUUAGUGGUUUAGAACAAGGUUAUAUAGUUUGUCCCUCCGAGAAACGUUUAUUGGUGCUGUUCACUUUCCUUAAGAAAAAUCGCAAGAAGAAGGUUAUGGUUUUCUUUUCAUCCUGUAUGUCUGUAAAAUAUCAUCAUGAAUUAUUUAAUUAUAUAGAUUUGCCUGUUACCUCCAUACACGGUAAACAAAAACAAACAAAACGUACAACAACUUUCUUCCAAUUCUGUAAUGCUGCCGAGGGUAUUUUACUGUGUACUGAUGUGGCUGCUCGUGGUUUGGACAUUCCUCAAGUCGAUUGGAUUGUGCAAUUUGAUCCUCCAGAUGAUCCUAAAGAAUACAUUCAUCGUGUAGGUCGAACUGCACGUGGUACUGGUAGUUCUGGUCAUGCUUUGUUAAUGUUACGUCCCGAGGAACUUGGUUUCUUGCGUUAUUUGAAGGCUGCCAAGGUACCAUUGAAUGAAUUUGAAUUUUCAUGGAACAAAAUCGCUGAUAUUCAAUUACAACUCGAAAAACUUAUUUCGAAAAACUACUUCCUUAAUCAAUCAGCCAAAGAGGCUUUCAAAUCAUACGUUCGUGCUUAUGAUUCCCAUCAAUUGAAGACCAUAUUUAAUGUCAACACCUUGGACUUGCAGGCUGUUGCGAAGAGCUUUGGUUUUCUGGUGCCACCAGUGGUUGAUCUUAAAGUUGGUGCUGCCAAACGACAAAGGCCUGAAAAACGUGUUGGAGGUGGUGGUUUCGGUUAUUAUAAAAACAUGAACGAAGAGAAAAGCAAACAACGUGUGUUUAAACAAGUUAGUCGUGAGCAAUUGCAAAAAAAAGGUAAAAAUUUUAUGCGAUAGUAAAGAAAAAAUGAU